AUAAAAAUCUGGAUAAUGCCGCAGAAGCAGCCGAGCAGUUUAAAUUAAUCCAAGCAGCGUAUGAUGUGUUGAGUGACCCUCAGGAAAGAGCAUGGUAUGAUAAUCAUAGAGAGGCGCUACUUAAAGGUGGGCUUGAUGGAGAAUAUCAAGAUGACAGCUUAGAUCUGCUUCACUAUUUUACUGGUGCCUGUUACUCUGGUUAUGGAGAUGAUGAAAAGGGUUUUUAUACAGUGUAUCGUAAUGUUUUUGAAAUGAUUGCAAAGGAAGAAUUAGAGUCUGUGUUAGAAGAAGAUAUUGAGGAAUUCCCAACUUUUGGAGACUCCCAGAGUGACUAUGAUACGGUAGUCCAUCCUUUCUAUGCUUAUUGGCAGAGUUUCUGCACUCAAAAGAAUUUUGCUUGGAAGGAAGAAUAUGAUACAAGGCAAGCUUCAAACCGCUGGGAAAAACGAGCCAUGGAAAAAGAGAACAAAAAGAUUCGGGACAAAGCAAGGAAAGAGAAGAACGAGCUUGUCCGGCAGCUUGUGGCUUUCAUCCGGAAAAGAGAUAGAAGAGUGCAGGCACAUCGCAAGCUGGUGGAAGAGCAGAAUGCUGAGAAGGCAAGGAAGGCUGAGGAGAUGCGGCGGCAGCAGAAGCUGAAGCAGGCCAAACUGGCAGAGCAGUACAGAGAACAGAGCUGGAUGACUAUGGCCAACUUGGAGAAGGAGCUCCAGGAGAUGGAGGCACAGUAUGAAAAGGAGUUUGGAGAUGGAUCGGAUGAAGAUGAAGCGGAGGAGCAUGAGCUCAGAGAUGGGCAGGAUGGUGGAGCUAGUGACGAGGCCGAGGAUGCUGAACUUUACGAUGCCCUUUAUUGCCCUGCGUGUGACAAAUCUUUCAAGACAGAAAAAGCCAUGAAGAAUCAUGAAAAGUCAAAGAAGCAUCGGGAAAUGGUUGCCUUGUUAAAACAACAGCUGGAGGAGGAGGAAGAAAAUUUUUCAGGAUCUCAAAUGGAUGAAAAUGCAUUGAAUGCCAAUUCUGAGGAGGAGGAAUUAGAAGAUGCACCGAAACAAAAGCUUUCUAAAAAACAGAAGAAAAAGAAACAGAAACCAGCACAGAGUUAUGAUGAUAAUUUCAAUGAAAAUGGAACUGGGGAAGGAGUAGGAGUAAAGGUUGAUCCAGAAGCUACUAACUUAAGUCAAGACAAUGCCAAAGAAUUGGAAGACAGUCCUCAAGAAAAUGUCAGUGUCACAGAGGCCAUGAAACCAUGCGAUGAUCCAAAAGGUGAAGCUAAAAGUGUUCUUAAACCCAAAGGAAAGAAGACCAAAGAUACGAAAAAGUCUGUCAAAGUACCUGCUGAAAGUGAUGUUCUUAUCAGCUGUACUACCUGCCAUAGUGAAUUUCCAUCUCGGAAUAAACUUUUUGACCAUCUAAAGGCCACAGGUCAUGCAAGAGCACCUUCAUCAUCGUCUUUAAGCAGCAUAACAAGUAGUCGGAGCAAGAAAGAGAAACGUAAAAACAGAUAGAAAUUCUGCCAACACUUUUAUUUUGACUGUCUCUAGAUACUGAAACCAAAAAUUGAACUGAAAUCAUCUAAAGAGUUAAAAUUUCAGUGAUCUGCAAUUUAUUACAUUGUGGAAGAUUAUUUUUUAUCUUGUAAAGACAUUUUUGUUUAAUAUAUAUUUUUUAAACAUUUCACUAGUGAUUGAAUUCUACUUUUGCCAUCUGAAUUGACUUGAAUGUCUCAAAACAGGUAAAUAUUGUAAAGUGUGUAUUUUUUGAUUUCUGUUGGCUUGAGUGAACAGAAAUGUACAGGGAGAAUUAAAUUAUUUUAACACAUACAAA